CACAGCCACGCCAAUUCUCGAGAAUGGACCUGGCAGACGUGGCGGCAACCCCCGCUGAAAUCUUGGAGCCUCCAAAACAGGCCAAAGUCGAGGACAUAGAUGCCGCCGAUCUCGACUCCUCGGCAAGCAAAACAAGCAAAACAAGUAAUCCAAGCAAUCCAAGCAAAAACACUAAGGACAGCAACACCAAGGACAGCAACUCAAGCACAAACACCCAAGACGGCGGCGCCGUGGACUGGACCGUCAGCGAGGACUUCGACAUGUCCGACGCCAAGGAAAAACCAAAGGCCCGGCAGCCCGUGGAACCCACUUACCGCGGCUGGAAGGAGGUGGGCCACUUCGAGCAGGCCGACGCGUUGACAGGCUACGACGAGGCCGUGGACUUGCUCUCGCGGGGGUCGCUUUUCGACCUCUAUCUCCCCGCAGCGGCGUACGGAGACUGGUACCACAACGUGGCGUACAUAGCAGCUGCCGGCACGUGCUCGUGGCUCGCGGGCUGGCUCCGGUUGUCGUUGGCGCCGGUCUUCUUUGUCAUGGCGGCGUCCGCCAUUCUCUACCGCAGCUCGGUCCGCAAGUUCCGGCAGCAGAUCCGCGACCAGGCGCAGCGCGAGUUCUCCAUCCGCUCGAUCGAAAACGACUACGAGACCAUCGACUGGCUCAACGUGUUUUUGGAGAAGUUCUGGCACUUCUUGGAGCCGUCCGUGGCGCAGAUCGUCACGGAGCAGGCCAACCCGAUCUUGGCCGCCAGCCCGGCGCCCGCGUUCAUCAAGGCCUUGUGGCUCGACUCGUUCACGGCCGGCACCAAGCCGCCGCGCAUCGACAUGGUCAAGACCUUGGCGGGCACCGCGGACGACGUGGUGGUGAUGGACUGGGGCUGCUCGUUCACGCCCAACGAAAUGGCCGACUCCAUCAACAAGCAGACCAAGAGCAAGGUCAACCAGAAGGUCACGGUCAAGGCCAGCGUGUUUGGGCUCGAGGUGCCGGUCACGGUGUCGGACGUGUCGUUCCGCUGCUUGCUCCGCGUGCGCUUGCGCAUGAUGGCCGCGUUCCCGCACGUGGAGACGGUGAACGUGUCGCUUUUGGAGCCGCCGCACUUCGACUUCGCCACGCGCUUUUUCGGCGACACGCCGUUCAACUGGGAGCUCUUGGCCGUGCCCGGCUUGUACCCGUUCAUCAACGAGAUGGUCAAGAAGUACGUGGGCUCCAUCGUGUUUGCGCCGCUCUCGUUCCAGUUGAACAUCCAGCAGUUGAUGGCGGGCGCCCCGUUGAACUCCGCCAUCGGCGUGUUGGUGGUCACGGUCAAGUCCGCCAAGGACUUGAAGAACUACGGCCGCGACGACAACACCGUGGACCCGUACUGUACGCUUGGCUUCUUCAAGUCCGUGUUGGCGCAGACCGCGCACAAGCCGGCCACCAGCAGGCCCGUGUGGAACCAGACCUUGCACAUCCCCAUUUCCUCGUUCAGCGAGCCCUUGAACAUCACCGUCAUGGACUACAACGGCAACCAGGUGCGCAAAGACAACGUCAUCGGCACCGUGCAGUACGACUUGGACACCUUGAGCCAGCAACACAAGUUGCCUGACGUUUCUGCGCCGGUGGUGCGCAACAACAAGCACGUGGGCGAAAUGCUGUUCGGCUUACACUUCAUGCCCGCCUUGGUGGCCCAGAGACAGGCCGAUGGCGCCGUCAUCCCGCCGCCCGACUUGAACACCGGUGUAGCUAGAUUGGAGGUCUCCGCGGCCAGAAACUUGAAGGGUGCGGAUGACAAACCCGUGUCCACGUAUGUGGAGUUGUUUGUCGACAACCAGUCUUUGAUCAAGACCCAUGUUGCCAAGAACAACAACAACCCUAGCUUUAGCCAAGGCAAGGAACACAUUGUCUUCAACCGUGCCAAGACCAGGGUGAAGGUCAUUGUGAGGACCAAAGACAAGAAGAUCUACAGUGUCAUCAAAACUACUUUGAACAACUUGAUCGACGCAUCGCAGGUUGACGACCCCUGGUUCCAGUUGUCCAAGGGUGGCGAGAUCCAGCUCUGCACGGUCUGGAAGCCUGUUAUGUUGGAGGGCGCCUCGGGCGCUGGAGGGUACACCCCACCCAUUGGUGUGAUUAGAGUUGCCAUUGACCGCGCCGAGGACUUGAGGAACUUGGAGAGUAUCGGAAAGGUCGAUCCUUACACACGUCUUUUGGUCAAUGGAAUCCAGAGGGCCCGCACCACUGCCGUGGAGUCGACUUUGGAUCCAACAUGGAACGAAGUGCACUACGUAACAUUAUCCUCUCCAAACCAGAAGUUGACCUUGGAAGUCAUGGACGUCGAGAAAAUCAGACCAGACAGAACAUUGGGCUCUUUCGAUGUGAUUUUGAGUGACCUCAUCAACAAGGACGAAAAGGGUAACUAUAUCGAAACGGUUGAUCCAAAGAAGCGUGUCUCUAAGUUGAUCCACAAGAGAGGCCCAAAGGGUACUUUGACUUAUUCCUUGUCCUUCUAUCCUACUUUGCCAGUCAUGACUUUGGAGGAGAUUGAAGAGGAGAAAGAAAUGAGGAAGAAGUUCGCCGAGGAAAAGGCAGGGAAAGAAAAGAAGGCUGCCGAGGACAAAGCGAAAGGGAAGAAGGAGAAGAAAGACCAAGAGGAAGAAGAAGACGAGAGUGAGUUCGACCUGUCUAACAAGCUCAAGUUGAGUCUAGAGGAGUUGCAAGAAUACAAGAGCGGUGUCUUGAUUUUUGAUGUGAAAGAGGUGUAUUCGGCGAAGAGCGAUUUGUAUUUGCAAAUGUUCUUUGAUAACCACGGUCUCCAUGACUACGUGACCCCCAAGCUAAGAGAAAAGCGCAACACAAUCAACAUCACAGGCGAUGUUAUCAUCAAAGAACUUGACUGGUCCAAAACUGUUUUCAGACUCGUGAAGAAGUCCGGGUACAACCGAGCAGAGAAGGCCAUUGCUGAAGCAAAAAUCCCAACCAUGCAAUUGUUAAAGAAUGGUUUCGACGAACCAAUGACCAUCGACUUGCCAGGUGCCACCAGUGCGAAGGUGACGGUCCAGGUAUCGUGGAUUCCUCUCAUUUACAAGAGCGAGAUACCACCACAGGAUACUUCAAACAAUUGUGGGCAUGUUCUCAUCACUGCUUUGAGUGCUGAAAGCUUACCUGCUGGGGACCGAAACGGGAAGUCUGAUCCCUAUGUCAAGUUGUACUUGAACACUGAGAAGGACUGUUUCUUCAAGAGUAAGAAGAUCAAGAAGACGUUAGAUCCAACUUGGAACGAGAGCACAGAAGUGACGACCGCAAACAAAUACGACUCGGUAAUCAGGGUCAAGUGCUACGACUGGGACGUGGGCCCCGAGCCAGACGACUUGUUGGGUAUUGGUGAGAUGAAGCUUACUGAGGUUAACAAGGACGAAGACAUCGAGAUCGACGUGCCCUUGCUCGAUGAAGAUGGCAAAGACGCCGGUGUUGUCCACUUCAAGGUUGGUUUCAAGCCCGACUUUGUCCUCAACGUUCGUCCCGCAAGUGCUACACGCAUAGGUGAUGCUUUCGGUGCUGUUGGUUCCGGAGUCGGAGCUGUGGGCCAUGUCGGGAAAGGCGUCGGGAAAGGCGUCGGAAAAGGGCUUGGUAAAGGUGUUGGCACUGUUGGCAAAGGCCUCAAGAUGGGCCUCAGUUUAGGCAAGUCAAAAGAAUAA